GGCUGAUUAUAAAAUUUUAUUCGAUGAAAAAUUGUUCUGUUUUUAGUAUAAAAGAAAUUAUGUUUAGGAUAAUUAAUAGUGGUGAUUAAUCAUUUCAUUGACGAGUAUAUAUAUAUUAAUGGAGUUUCUCUUUUUUUUUCCCGUCUCAAACAGAUAAUUAUGCCAACCUCGGUGGGAAAAAACAUCAAUCUCUGCUUCAUCAAGAUCAAAUUCCCAUUAACGUCCUCCUCCCUGUUAACCGCCUCUGAGAACGGCCUUCCACUUCCUUCCUCCGCCGCCACCCCAUCAUCCCUCCUCUUCUCCCCUUCCAAUUCCUUAAGUACCCAUUCUUCCUCCCACCCCAACCCAGAGCUUGAAUCCCACUCCGAACCCGACUUCGCCACCAUUUUUGCCUCGCAGCGCUUCUUUUUCACUUCUCCGGGCAGCUCCAACUCCAUCAUUGAAUCAACACCGACGUCAACCGCCGUGAAUCAAACAUCAAACAAAGGGCACCACCACACAAGGUCGACCGUUAAAGACGGUGUAGCGGUCCCAACUUUGUCUCCGAACCCAUAUAUGGAUUUCAGGCAAUCCAUGCAGGAAAUGGUGGAGGCACGUGGCUUAAUGGACGUCAAGGCCAACUGGGACAACUUGCAUGAGCUCCUUUUGUGCUACCUUGCUUUGAACCCCAAAAGCACUCACAAGUAUAUCGUAGGAGCAUUUGCUGAUCUUGUUGUUAGCCUAAUGGCUAAUGCCAGUACCCCACAACGGAGACGUCACUGAGAUCACCGGCGGCGGGAUUCCACGGCUGUGUAUGGAAACACCCGUUUUCUUGCCGAUCGGACUUUGAUCUUAUAUAUGUUAGGUUUGGAAGUUCGAUCAUUAUAUUUAAAUUUUAGUAUUGUUGAUGGCAUGCAAAUGAUAUGAAUAAUUAAUUAAGUUUGUACGUCAAUUGGAGAAGAAAAGAAAAAGUAAAUAGUUACCACUUACCAA